UACUCUUGUAAACUGCGACGGCACUAUAACAUCUUUCACGCAAGUUCAAGUUUUGCGUGGCAUAAUCCUUAACUACUCCAGGUGAUGUUCGGCAAAGGAUGCUACUUUUUCUGAAAGACGGAAAUAGAUUCAUUCAGUCGCGGUAUGAGCAUUGAAAUGCUUGGAUACGUGGGAGUGAAUGAUGAUUCUCAAGCACUGUGAUUUCUUUAGGGAAUUCAGUGUCUGAAGUUCGUAACACACCUUUAUUUAGAGGAACCUCGGGCUGCGUUUAUCUUGUUCUCAUCAUUUUUGGCCGGCUUGUCCAGAUCAGAGAAUGACGGAGAAAACUGCUCCCUGGUGGAGGUCGUUCGUGGGCAAGAGACGAAAAGCAGCCAGAGAAUCUGCAGCGACACUGGAGCAGGACCUUCAUAAUCAUGCUUCACCGGGGUCCACACAGCACCCCUCCGUUGAGCCGGACCAACAACACAAUUCAUCGGCUCGUCCAACGGAAGAAAAAGGCAACGGUUUACAGAACGACGAAACAUAUGAUGACUCCGCCGAACAGUCGACUUUUAGUGAGAGCUCCAACCGCCGGAAUCUCCGAGUGUCACGCUCCGGUCGCUUUAAAGAGAAACGGACGACGCGCGUGGGUCUUCCACAGAACCGGGAGGAUGAGGGUAAACCAGCGAGCGCCAAAUCAGGAGAUUAUAAAUCAUCGCGCUAAUUGCACCAUACAGAGGCAACAACCGAGAUUUACACCCAAUGGUAGAGCAUCAUUUUAAAAUGUGGCACUACCUCCAGACUAAAACUGUUUUGUGUGUGUUUUGACAAAUCGACUGAUCAAUGCACUUAUACAAUUAUAGGGGUAGUGUUUUUGGUAUGAUUAACUUAUUCAUCUCACAGGAGCUCAUGCAUUUACCAUGAAUUAUAUAGUCUUCUCCAAAUUCUGGGGAUAAUGGCAUUUAUAUGAAACUCUCUAGUCCAAUAGAAUUAUUUUUUGUGAAGGAGACAACAAAUUAUUUUUAGAGCUUUGUCAUAUGUACAUAAUUUGCAUUGUACACAUCUGUGUUAGUUUUAUUGUGUGGUGUUUUAUGAAGGACUUUACAUUAGAAGGAUUUUAGAAGUGAUCAGUGGACUAUAAGCACCUCUUUAUGAGUUAGAGCUAUUUUUAAUGGUUGUAUGCAUGCAACAGAAAAACUUUUGUUUGGGUGGUGGUGCUAUCCGUCCAUCAGCGAUGUAAAAAUCAAAGAUGCUUAUACUGUAUGCCAGAUCAUGCAUGAUAUGCCAUUGUGGUCAUGCAUCAGAUUACUGAAUGCAGAAGACAUCAAUAACUGUUUAGUCAUGCAAUUAUAGCAAUAAUUGUACUACAGGUUUUUUUAUUAGACAAACCAAAGAUUCUGAUCAUAUAAUAAAGGUUUAGUUUCAUAAUAGAGUAAAUAUAUGGAACAGAGAAGUCAAGAUAUAACUAAAAUGUUGUUAGUUUACUUAUAGCAAACCAUGUUUGCAGUGAUUGUAAUACUGAUAAAGAAUACACAAGCUGAAUUUGGUUAAAGUUCUUUUUAAAAAGUGCAGUACAUUGAAAAAAAAUAUGCUUUGAAUUUAUAACAUUUUUUCAAGUUAAGUGGUUGCACGAAAUUGAAUGAUCUAAAUUUAGAUAAAUAUAUUUAGUUGAACUUAGUCAAAUGUUUUUAGUUGCAUUGAGUUGAUUUGAGUAUAUUAAAUGAAGUAAUUCCACCCUUCUUUAAUCAUGUUAAUUCUAAUUAAAUGAUAUACAAAUAUGUAAUUACAUUGAUGUUUUCAACGGUUUGUAAAUUAUCUAGCUUAAUCUACUAGUUACAAUGGUAUUUAAUUAAAAGUAUGUAUGAGAGGCCAUUGCAUGCCUUUCAAAUACACACAAAAAUGUCACAAUAAUAUAACUUUAAUGAUUUUAUUGUCAUCAAAUGUAGUGAACAACAUGUCCAACAACAAUCACCUUCUUUUUGGGUAACAUUUUGUUUUCCAACAUCUGUAGAAAUGUUAAAACUCACAUUUAAAAAGGCCUACACAUAAAUACCAUGUGUGUGAUUUGUUAGACCAAAAUAAUGAAUUAUCAAAUGAAUACUAAUGAAACAUCCAGAACCAUGGUUAAAACACUUAUGAAGCUUUAAGGUUCCGUAUGUUUUUCCCAAAUAACUAUGCAAUCUGCUAGAGAAAUGGGCUUCUGUGUAGCUUCAGAUAUUUAGACUCCUUAGGCAGGUUUUGCUUGUCUGUGCAAGUGAUGUCAUACAAUUAAUGAAAAAAAUGCAUGAAUGAAGAUUUACUGUAGACAAGGUUACAGUGCAAGUUAGAAUACAUGUUUGUUUGUUUGUUUGUUUAUUCAUUAGUUGCCAAAUGUGGCCUUGGGAAGUGUUACUACAUCAGAUUUUAAAUAAACAGAUGAUUUUCCAUCU